CAACACUGGCCCCACGCGUUUAGUCCAGUUUCGGAGUCAGUACAUGAUUGUACGUCAUCGUAAGAACAUUAAGACGUUUGUUUUUAAAUCUACUAUUAAACUUAAGAAUUUUACAAACUCAUGACUAAUUAAAAUUGGAUUAUAAAACGUGAAAAGCACCAGAGUGACAAUAAUUAUAGUGAAAAGUGACUGUGAGUGUAGUUAUUUAGGAUUUAAAAGAAUGAGUGCCCACAUGGUUGAGUCGACUUGUGAGAUACAAGCAUUUAUUAAAGGAGAUGCGAUGUCUGGAUCAGAGAAAGAUGCCGGCUUUUGUAGUGGUGGUGAUGAAGAUGAUAUGUCAGGUCUACAUUCACCAAGUGCAUCAGAAGAUAGCGUUGAAGUCCAAGUAUCACCAAUAUCAUUGAGAAAUAAAAGAAAAUUGGUAGAACCUCGUAAAGUUCAUGAUCAAACGGCUCCAUUGAAAAAGAGACGUUUUGAUCGACUUCAGUUAUCAAAUGAUGAAGAAUUAAGAACGACAGGAUCAUCCUCGCCAUUUAGACCAUGGAGUUCUUCGAAAAAUGAAGUCAAAAGAAUGGAAACGGAUGUACAAGUGUCAAGUAGAGUCGAGAGAAGGCCAGAAGACUUAAAAAAAGAACAAUGGUUACAAGGAGAAGAAAGAAGGAGAAGAGAACAAGUACAAAGAAGGCAUGAAGUAAGAAUUCAAGAAGAAGUUCUUGCGCGGCUUCAUGAAUCAGAGGUACGAUGUGCUGCAUCUUCAGCUUCUUUUCAUACAUCACAACGUCGGCUUAGGCUGGAAACACCUCCUGUAUCAUCGUCUUCUGUUAUUUCACACCCUCGAUUGCAAGAGGAACCAUUGGCCUUAGUUCUCAAGGGGGAACCACCAAGGGUUCCAGUUCAUCCAGGUGUAAGUGACUCUUUCGAACGUCCAACCCUUUUUUCAACCUCCGAACACCACUCAACCUCACUUCCGCACGUGCAAAACCACCGGACUUUGUCCAAUGACCAUCCUAGGCAUCAACCAAACACUUCUCAGCAAAGGAAUUAUAAAAAUAUGACCAGGGAAAGGAGGAUUGAGGCUAAUGCGCGAGAAAGAACACGUGUUCAUACCAUUAGCGCAGCUUUUGACACACUCAGACGCUCCAUUCCAGCUUAUUCACAUAAUCAAAAGCUCUCCAAAUUAUCCGUACUUAGGAUUGCCUGUAGUUAUAUCAUGACUCUAAGUAAAAUUGCCAAUUCAGAUGGUAGUGAUAGUAGUAGUGGACCUAAUCUUAGUACUUGUGUUGAUUUAGUAUCUAGGACAAUACAAACUGAAGGUAAAUUAAGAAAAAAAAAGGAUGAUUAGAAUAAGUUAUUUGUUAUGAUCAUAAAAAAAAAAAUGUAUGUAUCAAUAAACUGAGAACUGGUGUCUCAAUACAUUUAUGCUCAAUGCAAUUGAAUUAGUAAUGAGUAAAUAAAUAGAUAUAGCUGGGUUGAUGCUUCAUGUUUGUCUCAUUGUUAUAUACUUGACAUUUUUGAAAAAAUUUCUCGUAAUUAAUAAGUAUUUUUUUUAAAUUUUACCUUAAGCCAAUGGAACAAAUAAACUCAACUAAUAGUGUUUGACAAUAUAAAAAGAAUUUUCAUAAUACGAAUUAGAGAUACAAUUUUUAAUAAAACAUCUUAUUAGACAUUUCAUUAUAGAUUUAAUCAUAAUGAUGAUAAUAAUAGUAAUAAUUAAUAAUAAUGAUAAAUUGUGACAAUAAUACAGAGUGAAAGAAAUUUUUUUAAUCAUACUUUCAUUUCAAGUUCAUUAAAAUGUGACUUUUUCUCAAUGGAAGUUGAUGAAAUAAAUAUUAACUCUGAGUGAUUUUUUUGUAGUGAUUCAUUAAUUAUAUAAUAAUUGUUAAUACAUAUUAUAUGCUUCCAGUUAUAUAUUGACCGACUGAUAUGCCAAGUACAAACACAUGUAAUUUUCGUAUCUAGUUUCUGUCUUUCGGUGUAUGUGUAUAAUAGAAUAGGUUUAGUUAAAAUAAUGUACAUAAUGUGACAAUUAAAAAAAAAAAUCGUCAGUGACGGAUGAGAAAAAA